AUGACAGACAACACUGAAAUACAAGCAGGUGCAAGUAAAGCCAAAGGAGGUAGAAAGGGUAAAGUUCCUCAACUCAGCAGCAAACGAUACAACUUUCGCACUCUGGUGAAGCUCCUCGAGCCAGUGCCCAAGUUAACGUCACAAAGCUACUAUAGUUGGAAUGUCCACAUCAAGUCUUUCCUUCAAUCUGUUCCCCAUGCCAUGAAACACCUUGAGGGAACAUAUGACAAGAACCACCCCAAGUGGAAUUGUGUAUUUGAUGAUGCCCUCACAAAUGCAGUACAUGGCACUAUCGACACCACUGGAGAACACAACAUCAACUACCUAAUCCUUGACAUCAUUAGGGAAUAUCACACUUUCCACCAGAUCUGGAAGAAGAUUGAAAAUGGAUUAACCAAUGAGGCCAUCAUAACCUCAUGUCGAAUCGCCCUCAUAGCCCAGCUAGGCAAGCUCAGAAUGUACAAUUCCAAUGUCUGGAAGCUCAUCCAGGAAAUUAGGACAAUCCAGACAGAGAGCAGCUUACUGGGAAAACCAUUUGCAGAUGACACCUUGUUUUUGACCCUACAGAAGUGCACUAUCUGCCACCCUGUGUAUAAAGAAAUGGUUGCCACUAUCAGUCAACUCACUUUCAAUGCACUCACUACAACCCUAACCAUCCAACAAUCAGCAGUUGAGAAUUAUCCCGCCCAAAAGAUUGACCCUCACCAGGCUAGUGCCAGAGUUGCUGGCAGCAACAACCAAGAGGAACCAGCUGUGAAGGAUGAGAAGGAUGAAGACAAUGCCAAUGCCAAAGUUAGUGUUCGACCUCGAAAGCUCCAGUGCUGGGUCUGCAAGCAACUGGGACACAGGAUUGGCCAGUGCGAUGCUAUGGUAACCAUCCUGGAGAAUUCUCCCCUAGCCAAAACCAAAUAG